AUGACCACUCACGACGAAGACGACGCCCAUCGCGCAUUUCUCCCAACCGCCCGCCAUUCGAUUGAUCUCAGCAUUGAUUUGGAACAUCAGCUUACAUAUCUUGAAUCGCAGCCUAACACGCCGGCGGAUACCCUUUUUGCUCCCAAUGCGAACCCGCAGCCAGGAGAUGAACGCAAACGCGAAUCCCUGGAUCCCCACGUUCUCGCAUCGAUAAUAAUGCAGCUCCGGCAAUCCCUGGGGAAUAUGACCAAAGAACGAGACGACCUUCUUGCGAUCGUCAGCACAGCAAACGCGAAUGAAGCGAGGCUGACCGAUGCAUUGCAAUUGACGACAGACAAAUGCACAACCAUGGAAGAAGAGCUUACAGAGGCUCGCCGAAAGAUUAAAGAUGACGAAGACGCUAUCGCCAUGUUGAGAUCUAAAGUGGAAGAGAGCAGGCGGGGCCUCAUGCGCCUGCAGACCGAGUCAAGGAGGCAAUCUACAGUCCUUGCAGCACCAGAUAUGGGGCGGGCAACUUCAACGCCACUGGCGUCCAAACGCGCAUCAUUCACCCCCCUUUCCCUAUCAUCCCCCUCCAGCUUCACGCCGCUCAAGAACGCCCACCGACGGAUAUCAUCGGUAUCCGACUCCGGAAGCCUCCUUGGUGGCGACCUGCGCAACAGCCCCCACUCACAGCAAUUCCCCUUCAACGAGCCCGACCAGGGCUCGCGCAGGCAGUCGAUGCACUUUGGUCGAUCGCCGCCUCGCAUGGAACUCAUGCUCUCCUCCCCUGAUGCGUCGAUCAUAGCCGAGGUCGAGUCUCUCCGCGCCGAGAUCAAGACGCUGAAGAAUGAGCUGGAGGAGGCACGUCUCGAAUUGGGAGAGGCGUUCGAGGCUCGGGAUGCGAGCGAUACCUGCGUGAAGGCGCUUCGAGAGUUUAUCGCAGAGAACAACGUAGGCACGCCAGAGCAGCCUGCAGACCUCAAACCGCCGCCAGUGCCAGCGUCUGUCGCCUGGCAAGACCCCACGUCGAAGGCAAUGCCCGCGAAUCAAGGGUGGGGAUUCAAGCUCUGGAACACCAAGGCGACUGCUGCGGCUGCGCCCGCCCCCGCUGCUGCGCCUGCCCCUGCGCCCCCUGCGUCGGUCACGUCGCCCGCGCCAUCGACAGCCGAGACCGCGUCGAUCAGCCGCAAACUGGGCGGGUUCUUCUCGUCGCGCGCCAGCAUUUCGUCGACAACCUCGUCGAAUUUCCCCACCACCGCCAGUACGGCACUCCCGCGAUUAGAUACGGCGAGAACGCGCGACUCAUCGGCGUCAGAUGUGUCGUCGAUGGCAGACUCGCUCGCUGAACCGAUAAGCCCGCUUUCAAGGAGCGGGGACGCGAAUGCGAAUGUGCUGGUGCGUGAUCUGACGAGCAUAAGUCUGGGAGACGCGCAGGAAGAUAGCACGCCUGCAAAGACCUUGCCAGGCGUACCUGGUAUCGCAGCGUAG